UCCCAGUAGAUACUGAGAGUGGCGAAGUCAAGCUCCCUUCCAGGCUGUCCUCGAAGAAUUGUCAUCCUGCAUUGUUGUAGAAAGAAGUCAGAGGCUGCCAGAAAAGAAGGUGUAACUGGGGGGGAGGGGGGUACGGGUUCCCUGACACCGAAUUCAUUAUUGGGAGAUUCCUCUUCGCAAUCCCUCAACACCUCCCACAGGAUCCACGGGCCAGAAAUGUCUGACAGCCUCUGGAGGGCCAGCACCGGUGGCACUGGUGCCCGGCUCCCCGCCCGCCCACUGUCUCGAGUCCCUCCCCCUCAGGUCCCGCAGCCUCGAGAAACCUCUCCUAGGUUUAGCCUUGCGUCGCCGUCGUGCCGGUGCUCCGUGGCCAGCCCCCACGCCGGCGCACUGUUCUCUGUCCCCGGCGGUCGUCCUCGGUUCCCCGCUGUCCGCAGAGGCCUAGCCUGACCCGCGCGUCCAAACGUGGGGAGGGGGCGUCGGGAGCGGGGGAGGGCCAAUGCGGGGGCGGAGCCUCGGAGCCGGGCGCGCGGCCGGCGCGGGCUGACGGAGGUCAGCGGCCGCGGGAGCGGACCCAGGCGUCCGGGAGGCGGCUAAGACGCGGCGCGCCACCGGGUGCCCGCCGCCGUCGCCGGCUCCCGCCCCCGGGCCGCCCCCCGCCCGUGACGCGCUAUCCGUCCCUCCGCGUCGGAGCCCCAGCCCCAGUCCGAGCCCGAAACCCCAGCCCGAGCCCGAGUCCGAGCCCGAACCCGAACCCGCGGAGGGCGCUGGGCGGCGGGCGGCGCAGGCAGCGCGGGCUGGAAAGGAUGCGAUCGCAGACGCGGGGCCGCCGCAGCGUCUGAACCGGCGAGAGCAUCAAGCGCCGCGUCGCUGCGGGCCGGGCGGCGCCAUGGGGAAGGAGCAGGAGCUGGUGCAGGCGGUGAAGGCGGAGGACGUGGGGACCGCGCAGAGGCUGCUGCAGAGGCCGCGGCCGGGGAAGGCCAAGCUCCUGGGCUCUACCAAGAAGAUCAAUGUUAACUUCCAGGACCCAGACGGCUUCUCAGCCCUGCACCAUGCUGCCCUGAAUGGCAACACAGAAUUGAUCUCUCUUCUGCUGGAGGCUCAGGCUGCUGUAGACAUCAAGGACAACAAAGGCAUGCGGCCAUUGCACUAUGCAGCCUGGCAGGGCCGGAAGGAGCCCAUGAAGCUGGUGCUGAAGGCAGGCUCAGCAGUAAAUGUCCCAUCCGACGAGGGCCACAUACCCCUGCAUUUGGCUGCCCAGCAUGGUCACUACGAUGUGUCAGAGAUGCUAUUGCAGCAUCAGUCAAACCCUUGCAUGGUAGACAACUCUGGAAAGACACCUCUGGACCUGGCCUGUGAGUUCGGCCGAGUAGGGGUGGUCCAGCUGCUACUAAGUAGCAACAUGUGUGCAGCCUUGCUGGAGCCCCGACCAGGGGACACUACUGACCCCAAUGGCACCAGCCCCCUGCACCUGGCAGCCAAGAAUGGCCACAUCGACAUCAUCAGACUCCUUCUUCAGGCAGGCAUUGAUAUUAACCGCCAGACCAAGUCAGGCACGGCUCUUCACGAGGCUGCACUCUGUGGGAAGACAGAAGUGGUUCGGUUGCUGUUGGAUAGUGGAAUCAAUGCCCAGGUGAGAAACACCUACAGCCAGACAGCACUGGACAUUGUACACCAGUUUACUACAUCCCAGGCCAGCAAAGAGAUCAAGCAACUGCUUCGAGAGGCCUCAGCAGCUCUACAGGUCCGGGCGACCAAGGAUUACUGUAACAAUUAUGACCUGACCAGUCUCAAUGUAAAGGCUGGGGACAUUAUCACGGUACUUGAACAGCAUCCAGAUGGCCGGUGGAAAGGCUGUAUCCAUGACAACCGGACAGGCAAUGACAGGGUGGGCUACUUCCCAUCCUCCCUGGGAGAGGCUAUUGUCAAACGAGCAGGUUCCCGAACAGGCAGUGAGCCAAGCCCACCCCAGGGAAGUGGCUCCUUGGGGCCCUCUGCACCCCCAGAGGAGAUCUGGGUACUGAGAAAGCCUUUUGCAGGUGGAGAUCGCAGUGGCAGCUUAAGCAAUGUGGCUGGGGGCAGAAGUGGUGGGGGCCAUGCCCUGCAUGCAGGCUCUGAAGGAGUUAAGCUCCUGGCAACAGUGCUUUCUCAGAAGUCAGUCUCUGAUUCCAGCCCAGGAGAUAGCCCCGUCAAGCCUCCAGAGGGCUCUACAGGUGCUGCCCGGUCCCAGCCUCCAGCAGCCCAUGCUGGGCAGGUAUAUGGGGAGCAGCCUCCUAAGAAGCUGGAGUCUGCCUCAGCCUCAGAGGGCAAGAGUGCUGAGGUGGUCAGUCAGUGGCUUGCCACAUUCCAGCUACAACUCUAUGCCCCCAAUUUCACCAGUGCUGGCUAUGACCUGCCCACCAUCAGUCGUAUGACCCCCGAGGACCUCACAGCCAUUGGUGUUACCAAGCCAGGUCAUCGUAAGAAGAUCACAGCAGAGAUCAGCGGCCUGAACAUUCCUGACUGGCUGCCUGAACACAAACCCGCUAACCUGGCUGUGUGGCUGUCCAUGAUCGGUCUGGCCCAGUAUUAUAAGGUGCUGGUAGACAACGGCUAUGAGAACAUCGAUUUCAUCACUGAUAUCACUUGGGAGGACCUUCAGGAGAUUGGCAUCACCAAGCUGGGACACCAAAAGAAGCUGAUGCUGGCUGUGAGGAAAUUGGCGGAGCUGCAAAAAGCAGAAUAUUCCAAGUAUGAGGGGGGACCCCUGCACCGAAAGGCACCCCAGUCACUUGAAAUGAUUGCUAUUGAGUCACCACCCCCAUCUGAGCCUGCUGCAGCAGACUGCCAAUCUCCUAAGAUGAGCACCUUCCAGGACAGUGAACUCAGUGGUGAGCUGCAGGCUGCCCUGUCUGGCCCAGCCGAAGCAGGUGCAGCUGCUGCUGAGAAGCCCUCCAACCACCUGCCACCCACUCCGAGGACCACCUUGCGACAGGAGUCCAGCCUGGGUGGACGGGCUCGGCACAUGAGCAGCUCUCAGGAGCUGCUCGGUGACGGUCCCCAAGGGCCUGGCAGCCCUAUGUCACGAAGUCAGGAGUACCUGCUGGAUGAGGGGCCAGCUCCUGGCACACCACCCAAGGAGGUGCGGUCUGGCCGCCAUGGCCACAGUGUCAAGAGGGCCAGUGUGCCUCCUGUGCCUGGCAAGCCACGGCAGGUCCUUCCAUCAGGGGCCAGCCACUUCACACCCCCACAGACACCCACCAAAGCUCAGCCAGGUUCCCCUCAGACUCUUGGAGGACCUCAUGGUCCCGCCACAGCCAAGGUGAAGCCCACCCCACAGCUCCUGCCGCCAACAGACCGACCCAUGUCACCCCGUUCCCUGCCUCAGUCACCCACACACCGUGGCUUUGCCUACGUGCUGCCCCAGCCAGUUGAGGGUGACACAGGGCCAGCUGCUCCAGGACCUGCACUCCCACCGGCACCAGCAGCUGUGCCCACACUAUGCCUGCCCCCAGAAGCUGAUGUGGAGCCCGGGAGACCCAAGAAACGUGCCCACAGCCUGAAUCGCUAUGCAGCGUCUGACAGUGAGCCGGAGCGGGAUGAGCUGCUGGUGCCUGCUGCUGCUGGACCCUAUGCCACAGUCCAGCGGCGCGUGGGUAGGAGCCAUUCAGUGAGGGCUCCCGCUGGCACUGACAAGAAUGUUAACCGCAGUCAGUCCUUUGCUGUGCGGCCACGGAAGAAGGGGCCCCCACCACCUCCACCCAAGCGCUCCAGCUCAGCCAUGGCCAGUGCCAACUUAGCUGAUGAGCCAGCUCCAGAUGCUGAGACAGAGGAUGGCCGGCUGGGAGUCCGGGCACAGCGCCGGCGGGCUAGUGAUCUGACAGGCAGUGUGGACACAGGCAGUGCUGGCAGUGUGAAGAGCAUUGCAGCCAUGUUGGAGCUGUCUUCCAUUGGGGGCGGGGGCCGGGCUAUCCGCAGGCCCCCAGAAGGCCACCCCACCCCUCGGCCUGCCAGUCCAGAACCUGGUCGGGUAGCUACUGUGUUGGCCUCUGUGAAGCACAAAGAGGCCAUUGGGCCCGACGGUGAAGUAGUGAACCGGCGCCGCACCCUCAGUGGCCCAGUCACUGGACUUCUGGCCACUGCUCGCCGGAGCCCUGGGGAACCAGCUGAGCAGAGUCAUUUUAUGGAGGAUGGCACAGCCCGACAAAGGCCUCGAGGUCCAGCCAAGGGGGAGGCAAGUGUGGAGGGCCCUCCCCUUGCCCGGGUAGAGGCCAGUGCCACACUCAAGAGGCGCAUCCGGGCAAAACAGAGCCAGCAAGAGAAUGUCAAGUUCAUCCUGACUGAGUCUGACACGGUCAAGCGCAGGCCUAAGGCUAAAGAUCGUGACACUGGGCCCGAAGCACAUCCACCACUGUCUGUGUAUCAGAAUGGCACAGCCACUGUUCGUCGACGGCCAGCCUCAGAGCAGGCUGGGCCCCCAGAGCUGCCCCCUCCUCCUCCACCUGCUGAGCCCCCACCUGCUGACCUCAUGCAGCUGCCUCCACUGCCUCUGCCUGAUGGCAAUGCCCGGAAGCCUGUGAAGCCACCUGUCUCUCCCAAGCCCAUCCUGGCUCAGCCUGUGACUAAGAUCCAGGGCUCACCUACACCUGCCUCCAAGAAGGUGCCACUGCCAGGCCCUGGCAGCCCAGAGGUAAAGCGCGCUCAUGGCACGCCACCGCCUGUGUCACCCAAGCCUCCUCCACCACCCACAGCACCCAAGCCAGCUAAGGCUGUGGCGGGACUACAGUCCAGCAGCACCACCACCUCACCUGUGCCCUCGCCGGCACGCCAGCCGUCAGCAGCCCUUGUCAAGCCGUCUAGCUCACCGCCCUCGCAGAGUGCCAGCCCCGCCAAGCCCCCUUCCCCAGGGCCACCCGCGCUGCACGUACCCGCCAAGCCCCCUCGCGCUGCUGCUUCAGUGGCCUCCGGACCCCAAGUAGCUCCAGACUGUGCUUCUCCCGGGGACAGCGCUCGGCAGAAGCUGGAGGAGACUAGUGCGUGUUUGGCUGCAGCAUUGCAGGCAGUGGAGGAGAAGAUCCGGCAGGAAGACGGGCAAGGCCCUCGGAAUGGCCUUGCCCUUGGUCACGAGCACACACAACUGGGAGGCACAGUCUGGAGGGGCGGCUCUGCCCAGAGCCUCUCCUCCACUCUUCUAGCUUCUGAGAGUCUGAAGAACUUGAAGGAUGUGCCUUGCUCUUACCUGUUCCUCUCCAUGCCCCAUACACCUUGGGGAGGGCUUCUUCCUUCUGGAUGUGACCAUGCCCUUGGGGUGCCAGUGUGAGGGUGCACCCAGUGUGGACCCUGUGUGAACGUGGGCAUGAGUACAAGGGCAUGCAUGCCAUACUAUGGGCAGAUGUGUAUUCAAGGUUGUGUCUGCCCCCCCCCCCCGCUCCCCCCAAGGCAGCCUUGUACAGGCAGCCAACCUAUCCAUCUUGAAUUUCCAUGGACAGCUCUGCUCAUGGUCUGAGGCUGUAUUGUGUAGUAAUUCUCACCCUCUUUUCCUCCCUACAAAAAUACUGACUGGUCUCCUCUUUCGUGUUUGCUGAUCCACAAGUGUUGGGCAUAACAUUGACAUUUCUUUAAAAAAAAAAAAAGAACAAAAAAAAUAA